AACAAAUCUGUAUCUUUUUAAAUCUUGCAUCACAGUUUGACGUUUCGUCGCGUAAUAUUGCGUCAAAAAGAUGAGAUUUUGUAAAGAAAAAAUUUUUUGUCAAGAGUUGACAUAGAGAGUGUGUAUUCGUCUACUAGAUUAUGUGUCGGAUUGUUAUGUUUUAUUGAAAAUGUCUAGAUCGAAAAUUUCUGAUUUAUUUGCCGUCCUCAAAGGAGCUCAAAACGUGACGGAUGCAUUGGUAAAACAUCAAAAAGAUGCGAUCAAAUACACAAUCCUUCAUUCUAGUUUGAAAGAUUCUUCCGAAAAGUGUUUACACGCAGUGAGCAAACAAUUGAAUAAUUUGGAACCGCAAAAAAUCCCUAAAGAAGUAGUAAAUAAUUUGAAGGAAACAAUUGAACGUAUAAAUGUAGUUGAGGAAGGUGUAAAGCAGUAUCUUAAAAUAAGAGCUAGUCAAACCUUGAACAUAGACAAUGAUCUUUCUGUUCCCCAAAAACAGACUAAAUUGUAUGUAUACGACGUUGCAAAAGAUCCAAAACAAUUGUCACCUGAUCAAAAUGCCUCAAUUUUGCAUAGUGAUACUAAUAAAUUUUUAAAUCAAGAGUCUUUAAAAGACAAACAGAAUACAGUAUCAAAGGAUAUGACUGUAAAAGAAAAAAUCCAUACAAUUGCUACUUCGUAUACUAAGAUACCUGACAUAGAACUCUCAGAUAAUGAUAAAAAACUUUUGAGACAAUUGGAAUUAGAACAUGAGAAGCAAAUGAAAAGUAAGAAUGUUAGUUCAGUAGCUUCCUCUACAGUUGAGAUACAUGACGAAAAAGAACAUGUGAACUCAACACAAACAGAAUCUAAAGAAAAACCGAAACCUAAAUUGUCAGUUAGACCAAAACAAUCUUUAUCACCUAAUGCCAGAGAGACAAAAGUUCCUGCUUCAAGAUUGAGCAGAAUGUUUAACUUUGGGUUGUUGGGCAUUGGUCUUGGUGUUGGUACAUUUGCGGAAUAUACACGAAAGACACUUGGGUUAAAGGAACAAAGUCUUAGUGAUACAGUCGAUAGCAUGUUCCUUACUAAAGCCAAUGCAGAAAGAAUAGUUUCAACAUUAUGCAAAGUAAGAGGUGCAGCUUUGAAGAUUGGCCAAAUAUUGAGCAUUCAAGACAACACUAUCAUAAGUCCUGAAUUGCAAAAGAUCUUUGAAAGAGUUCGGCAGAGUGCUGAUUUUAUGCCAAAAUGGCAAGUAGAGAAAGUAUUAGCUAAUGAACUUGGUCACGAUUGGAAAAGUAAACUGGCAUCCUUUGAAGAGAAACCAUUUGCUGCUGCAUCGAUUGGACAAGUGCAUCAUGGUAAAUUGUUAAAUAAACAAGAUGUAGCUAUAAAAAUUCAAUAUCCGGGAGUAGCUGCUGGUAUUCAGAGCGAUAUUGACAAUUUAAUGGGCAUAAUGAAGAGAUGGAAUAUGUUUCCAGAGGGAAUGUUCAUAGAUAACGUGGUGGAAGUUGCAAAACGUGAACUUGCAUGGGAAGUGGAUUAUACGAGAGAAGCGGAAUGUGCAAGAAAAUAUAGAGAACUGAUAGCGCCUUACCCCCAUUAUUACGUGCCUGCAGUAAUAGAUGAACUCUCUACAAAGCAAGUAUUCACAACGGAGAUGAUAGAAGGUAUACCUGUCGAUAAGUGCGUGGAUAUGGAUGUUAAGACGAGAGAACGCAUAAGCGAAUUAAUUAUGCGUCUUACUCUGUUGGAAUUAUUUGAGUUUCGAUACAUGCAGACAGAUCCAAAUUGGUCUAACUUCUUCUAUAAUCCUGAUACAAAACAGUUGAUUCUGUUAGAUUUUGGGGCAUGUAGAACUUACGAGAAAGAAUUUAUCGAUAAAUAUAUACAAGUUAUCGAUGCCGCGAGCGAGAGGAAUCGCAGUAGAGUUCUGGAAUUAUCUCGGAAAAUGAAGUUUCUCACUGGCUAUGAAUCCAAGAUUAUGGAAAAUGCUCAUGUGGAUGCUGUUAUGAUUCUCGGACAAGUGUUUGACAAUAAUCACGAGUAUUAUGAUUUCGGUGGUCAAGAUGUGACAAAACGUAUUAGUAAAUUAGUACCAACUAUAAUACAUCACAGAUUAUGCCCGCCACCCGAAGAAAUAUAUAGUUUACAUAGAAAGUUGUCGGGAAUAUUUUUGUUGUGUGCUAAACUGAAAACUAAAAUCAAGUGUCGCGAUAUGUUUCGCGAGAUUUAUGUCAAUUACAAGUUUGAUUAAUGUAUUUUUUCAAACACAGACAUGUGUAAAUUUUAUAUGCUUUAUUAUAUAUGUUUUGAGAAAAAUU